CGGAGUUUCUGAGCCGCUCUUUGCCCAGUUUUGACGCAAGAAGCGGUGCAGAAAAUCGGGGUUGUCCCGCUGCGGUGAAACUCCUCGGAACUGUGACAAGUUAAAAUACCAACAAACAUAUAAAUCCAGUGAAAUAGAAACAGUUCUUGGAGACCCCCAAAAGCAGAAAGACUUAAGUUUGAAAAGAGAGAUUUUACGUGACGGGAAAAGCGGCCAUGAAACUUUCUGGCAGCAAAUUGAAAGUGCAGAAGUGAUGGAAUGGGGAUUUUGGGAGGGGAAGUCGGUGGUGAAUAAAGAGAGGGGUAAAUCUAAUCCUCCAAAAGUGCGGCUCGGGUACAGCUGGGGAUCUCUGGGGGGCAGCCUGGGCCCUGUUUGGGGUCAGGAGAAGGAUGGGGACAGUGGGGAUGGAGAUGUGUUCCCUGACCCAGAUGUGGCACAUCUGCAUUCCAGAUAAACCAGUGGAAACUGCCGAACUCCUGCAGAGAGUGUCCUCUGCUACCCAGAGGUUUUUGUUAUUGCUGUUUGCAAACAUCUGUCCUGCUUUUGGCCCAGUUAAAACAAUCCUAGAGAGCCGUGCUGGGGCUGGAACUGGAGCUGCAGGAAUGCUGAAGUGUUAACCUGCAGCAGGUCCAGCCUUUGGCUGAAUUGUGCUCACACUGAACCUGGCGGUAGAAAGUUGGAGGCUUCAGGUCAGGAGUGGAAUUCAGGGGCAAACAGGGCUCCUGCAGUGCCAUGGGUCCCUUCCCAGCACAGGAACUCUCUGGAGCUUGCAGGUCUCCUUCCCCUGACCUUCUGCCCUGGCACUGAGCUGUCCCACCAGCCUCAGCCCCGGGAUUCUGCACUGGGAUGCUGCUGCUCUGCAGUGUUUGAGGGAAGUGAACUUCCUGCAGGAAGCUGAGUCCACUUAGAAUUAUCAUUUCUUCAGAAUGGGAUAUUUUUCUUUGUGUUGAAAUGAAAAUUGUGCUCUGUCUCCAAGAAAAGGACAUGAGCCUUUCAGAAGCAAGUCCAGCAUCUUUGAAGCUUUAAGAAAUACAAGCUUUAGAUAAAGAGAGGGAAGAACAUUUGGGAUGAAGCUUUGAUGGGGUGCUAGAGGCAGGAUUCUGAGGCCAGGAAGCACACAGGAGUAGAAGCCAGAGAAACUCCAUUCAGCAAGGAGCCCUGUUUCACAGCAAAGCAAGUGCUUUCAGACUGAUGUUUCAGUGAAGUGCAGAUGGCUUAGGAAAGAUCUCAGACUAAUGAAGUGCUUGGAAUAAAGGCUUUAGAGCAGAGCUUCCAAAUGCAACCACCUUUGACUUGCCUCUUUCAUUCUGGAGUCCAGUGGCUCCAUAAUGCACACAGCAAAGAAGAUCAAGGAGUGAGUAAUCUUUGCAGCUAUUUGCUCAUCAGAAAAUUGGUUUUUUAGUUGGUUUGGUUUUAGGUUUUUUUUGAUGCUUGGUUGCAUUUGCAGGUCAGGAGUAAUAAAAGAUGCACAGUGACACUAUUUAGCAUACUUUAAUAAUUUUAUCUGGACCAAUAAAGUGUUCCUGCAUGGCCUGUGUUUCGAGCUUCAAGGAUGACUCUCAGGAGUCUGCCACAUAUCAUUCCUUUUCCAGAGCUGCCCUGUGUGUGUCUGGAUGAGAUUUCUAGUUCUUCAUCUGGAUUUGCUGUGAUGCCUUUAGCAGGACAGGCUGUGUGGUGCCAAACCCCUCCCUCCUUCACUCUCCCUGCUCCCCUUGGUGGCACAGGGGGAUGGGAAUGGGGGCUAUGCUCAGCUCAUCACAGGCUGUUCCUGUCCCUGCUCAGGGUCACACAGAGUCACAUUCCUUCCCUGCUCCAGCAGGGAAUUCCUCUCCCAGGAGACAGUUUGUCAUGAACUUCUCAAAGCUCCCCACAAACUGCUGCACCGUGGGUCCUUCUUCCCUGGGCUCAGCCCUUCAGGCUCUUCAGCAUCACUCACUCUGUAAAUCACCAGUUUCCUUUCAAUAAAUUACUGUUUCAGCAGAGCUCCCUCUCAGAUUGUAUCAUGGAGUCAGUGAGGCUGGAAAAGACCUUUAAGAUCAUCAAGUCAACCAAGGUGUGCCUGAGAGUACUACUGGAGACCAGUGCUCCAAAAUGAAAACAUUACAAAUAAAAGGGGUUUUCUCUACUGAGGUGGUGUGGCAGCUCACAGCUGAUAGUUCCUUCCCUCACAAUUGGAUACUGAGUGUCAGUUAAUGAAAGUUUGUAAAGGACUUUGACAGAACACAUUGCCUGAAAGAUGUUUCAGCAUUUUGAUUUAAAAGUUGUAUUUUUCUUUACCUCUGCAGUGCCCAGACAAGCCGUGCCCUGCUCCAAUUCCCAAACCUGUGAGCAAAUGGAUUACUUUGAGAAUGGAAAGCUUUGUGCUCAGACAGGCUCCCAGCAGCACAGGGAGAGCAGUGGCUGUCAGGUGGCUGAGGCUGGCAGGCCUGUCAGACGUCUCCGGAGGAAGAGAAGAUUGCCUCUGGAUUCGGAGGAUGAGGAGGAAAACACGUGUGAGGAUGAGGAGAAGAAUAAAUCAAAUAAUAUGAAAAGCCGCAGAAACACUAAACCAAUAAAACAAGUGCUUCCUGGAAAGAAGAAGGUAUGGAACUGGUCUUCCUACUUGGAAGAGGAACAGAUGCCAGCUGCUCCCCAAAAGCUGUUCAGAGAGUAUCAGUCAUUCCCACAAGGCCGAAAUGGAUUUAAAGUUGGAAUGAGAUUGGAAGGGGUGGAUCCUGAACACCCCUCUCGAUUCUGUGUCCUCACAGUGGCUGAGGUGCAGGGGUACAGGAUGAGACUGCACUUCGAUGGUUACCCAGAGUGCUACGACUUCUGGGCUAAUGCUGAUUCCUCAGACAUCCAUCCUGUGGGCUGGUGUGAAAAAACAAGCCAUAAGCUGCUCCCUCCUAAAGGUUUCAAGGAGGGAGAAUUUAAUUGGACUUCCUAUCUGAAGAACUGCAAAGCUCAAGCAGCUCCAAAAAGCCUUUUUAAGACCCUCAGCAGUCCUGUCACACCUUCAGGCUUUCGUCUGGGAAUGAAACUGGAAGCAGUGGACAAGAAGAACCCCUCCCUGGUUGGUGUUGCCACCAUCACAGACAUGGUGGAAAACCGGCUGCUGAUCCAUUUCGAUAACUGGGAUGAGAGCUAUGACUACUGGUGUGAAACGAGCAGCCCAUAUAUCCGUCCUGUCGGCUACUGCCAAGAAACUGGAACCCCACUGACAACACCACCUGGAUACAGGGAUUCCAAAGCCUUCUCAUGGGAGAAAUACCUGGAAGAAACUAAUUCCCAAGCAGCCCCAGCAAGAGCAUUUAAACUGCGUCCUCCUCAUGGAUUCCAGGUUAAUACAAAGUUAGAGGCUGUGGACAGACGAAAUCCCAUCUUGAUAAGAGUGGCAACAAUCGUUGACAAAGACAACCUCCGUGUGAAGAUACAUUUUGAUGGCUGGGACCAUCACUACGAUUUCUGGCUGGAUGCAGACAGCCCUGACAUCCAUCCUGUGGGCUGGUGUGACAAAACUGGACACGCUCUGCAGGUGCCUCUAGGUGCUGAAGAUGCAGAGGGAGCAGUGGGACAGGCGUGUCCCACUCCGGGGUGCCAGGGGAUCGGGCACGUGCGGGGCCCCCGCUAUGGAACACAUUACACCUUAGUUGGCUGCCCAUACUCUGAUGUGAACCUCAGCAGAGAAAACCUGUUACAGGACCGGCUGAGUGGGGAGAGACCUUCCCCUGGGAGCAGCAUGCAGAAAGCCAGGAGGCUGGACACCCCUGGCCCAUUGCUGGGACCAGUGGAGUCUUCUCAGAGUGGCUCUUCACAGUCCAGAAAAUCUGCAGCAGACAGCGAAAAGUGGUGUCAAAGCAGCAUCCACACUCCAUCAGAGCAAUCAGAAAACAGUCAGGAGAGAGGCUGGGGAGAGGAGGAUUCCCCUGCAGACAUCAAAGCCACACCAAAAAUGCUUGGGUGCUCACAUGCCUAUAUCAAGUUUCAGCUGGUGAAACAGGAGAACAAUGGGAAAGGCCCUGAUUUGGAUCUCCAGCAGGCCCUCCACCAGUCUAUCUUCAUGCCUUCCCUGGCCUCCAACCCGAGCCACCGCCUGCAUCUCUUCUGGGAGCAGCACUGCAGGCUCCUGCCGGAGGUCUCGGGGCUGACAGCCAAACAAGUGGCCAAAUGGUCUGUGGAGGAGGUGGUGAGCUUUAUCCAGCGUUUACCUGGCUGCAAAGAACAAGGCUCUGUGUUCAGGGAAGAGCAGAUCGACGGAGAGGCCUUCCUGCUCCUCAAGCAGAACGACAUCGUUAAAAUCCUCAGCAUCAAGCUGGGCCCUGCCCUCAAGAUCUACAAUGCCAUCCUCAUGUUCAAGUCUGCAGAAGACAACUGAGAGGAGGCCUUGGCAGAGCCAGCAGGAAUUAACCAGGAAUGGAUCUUCAGCUGUGAGCAUUGCAACACACCGGACAGGUGGAUGGGGACUCGGAUGUGUUUUAAGUAGAACUUAGUAAAAAUGGUUUAAGGUUAUAAAAAUCCUGCCACAGUCUGGAAUAUGGGGCAGCUUCACUUCCAAGAAGACGAUAUUAUUAUAUUUUGUAAUUGAAUUUGGUUUUGAUAUAUCAAUCUCUUUUUGAGAUCGAGAAGAAACCUCCAGUUCUAAGGGGAAUCCAGGGUAGCAGUGGUGGAGCUGCAGGAGCAAGAAGAAAGUUCUGAGUAAAACUGGCUUUGUGUCUGGUGAUAGUGCCUGAAAGACUGACUGAUCACGAGCGAGACUAAUGUGUUCUGUGUAAUAAAAGAGAGAGGAAAAAGAUGUACUUCAAAAGAACUCCCCCAUAUCCUUCACUGCUGUGACUCAGGAGCUGACCUUUUCAGGACUGAUUGUUAAAUUCCUCUUUUUCCUGCUGAUCCUGGCUGCUGUGGUACCCUUGGCUCCUGGGCUGCUUUUACACCCCUGCAGGAAGGGAGAGCAUGGGCAGAGGGUUUCCAUCAGGGAUGGCUUGCACAAUUCCUGUCAUUCCCUGUCAGGAGGCAGGGGCAGUGCAGGUGGCUUUGGGCAGGCAAAGAUCCCAUAAGGGCAUCUGCUGCUGAGACAAAGAGAUGUAUUUUAGCUGUAAUUCUCCCAUCAGUGCUUUUUGUGCAGCUGCUUCUGGGCCAGGAACGUCUUCUGGCAAAAUGGCACAGCCAGGAGCACUUGGGGAUUGGUGUGUGUUUGUUCUUGACUUCUCCACUGUCAGCCAAGUCCUAGGAACAGGAGCUGGAAAGCCAGCAGUGUGUGUGUGUAAACAGAUUGCCUAGAAACAAAUGGCUUUUCUUUUGAACCAUCCAAACUGAUGGAUGUGAAGUGCUUUGGCCUUCUCCCCCUGAGGUGUUCUGCCAGAGAUGGAGGGCCAGGCAGCAGCUCCUCUGCCUCUGGGAGCAGGGCAGGCACAGCACAUGGGGGGUGAGAUUGGAGAGGAGUCAGGAUUUGAACAGCAAAAUUGGGGAGCAGUUAUUUCCCAAGAGAGAGAGAGAGAGAGAGAGAGAGACAGAGAGAGCUGCUGUGUGUGGAGGAGAAGGGAGCCUGGGGCUGCGCUGCUGCACGUUCCUGUGCUGGGAGCACGGCUGGUUCCUGCUCCAGCAGAGCCCCUCUGGGGAGCAUCCCCAUGGAAAUCCUGGCUGGAUGGCUGAGGUUUCCACAUGGGAACUUCCCCGGCUGCUGUCUCCUCCUGGAAGCCCUGGCAGAUGCAGAGUCCUGCUGGCUGGGCUCUGUUUGGUGUUCCCAAGCUGGCAGCACCAGCUCGUGGCUCCCUGGCCACUCUGGUGGCUGCUCCAGAACCUCCUCAGCCCAGGCAGCCCUUGCAGCCCCUCAUCUGCAGCUGCCAGUGUGAAUUGUGUGUGUGAAUCCUGUGUGGGGAGCCCGGGGGGUGUGAGCUGGAGCUGCCAGAGGCAGGUUCUGCCUGGCUGUGUGGGUGUCUCAGGGCACUGCAUGCUGAUGUGAUCCAUCCACAGGCACCCCAGUCUGCCUUGGCGUCUCUGCAGCAGCCUUGGCUCCCCAGGAGCUGUGGGGAACAGAGCGAACACGCUGUCCAUGACUGUGUGCUGACACAAGGAACACACUUGUUCCCCCUUCCUGCAUCACCCACGUCCUCUGUCCCGUCCUUCUGCUGCUGACAAGGCUCUGGUGACUGCUCUGAAGCAGAAGGUUCCUUAAAAUCGUAAAUAGAAUCCACACCACUGAAGCCAUUCAGUCCUGGAAUAAUAUUUAGAGCAGUUUGUUUCUUUUUUCUUUUUUUAAUAAGAAUUUCAGGAUUUUAAGCCUUCACAGAGAAGACACAGGUUUGGUGGGAUAUUUACCAUUAAAUAUCAGCCAGGCAGCAGCAGGGGAGAAAUUUAUGGCAGUGUUAGGGAGCAGGCAAGGGUGAAUUUAGUUUAUUAAAAUACAUUUCUAGUAUGAUAACCAGGCUAUUCACCAAAGAGUCACAUUGCUUUAUCCUGCUCUGCACAUCCAGCAUUAGGACUUGAAUUGUAAGUGGCAUGUCCUGUCCUCUGACAGAACUCGCCUCCUGGGCAAAGCAAAAUUGUUUCUUGACGACUGGAACAGAGGAUCCAGGGCUGGGCUGUUUAUUCCUGGCUCUCCACUGACUUGUGAAAUAACCCUGAGCCCUUCCUUGCCCCAGUUUCCACCCAGCCAGGUGGGGCAAGUGCAAAUUUUGCCUUUUUCUUGUUUCAGGCAAGCAGGUCCUGCCAGAUUUUCUGUUUUACCUCCUUCGUUUGGGAGCCUGAGUUGGGGGACAGCAGAUUGCCUCUAGCAAUAAACCAAGAUACAAUAUUAAUUCCAUUUCUUUUACUAUAUAUAGAUGGAGGAUGAAGAGAAUUGGUUAAACAAGCAAUGAGAUUCUAGUCAGUGAAAUUAUUCAAACAGAAGAGAAAUCUUUAAUCCUUGGGGCUUCCGAGCCAGCUGGAUCAAAGAGGAAAAUGUGUGCUUGGAGGUUGUUCAGUGACAGCCAGCACAGGCUGUCAGCAGGGGGGAAGGAGGAACCUUUUAGGGAUGGAAGAAGGAGGAAUGUGCUUCUUGUGCCUUUUUUGUAAUCUGAUAAUUGUCUUUGCAGAGCAAGCAAGAAUGUGCACACAUCUAUUACUCACUCCUUUCCCAAAUAUAGCUGUAUUCCAAUAAAAUCCAGCAACUUCACGGGAUAAAAAGAGCUCCAGUGUCUUCACUGGACACAUUUAAAACUCCCUGAUAUUUACAAGAUAGAAAAAGCCUAAAGCAGCCCAUCCUUUAGCCCCAUAACUCCAGAAUUCAUCAGUUGUGUCAGGGGGUGCUGCUUUCCAGGGUGUCCUGGUGAGUUGUUCCUGCUGCCUGCCCAAACUCUGCUGCUGUGGCACAGCCAGGCCUCUGCAGAGGCCUUUGGUUAUCUGAUGCCUUCUGUAAUUUGAAAUGUGCACUUUGAAGCAAAAAUCCCAAAGUUGUGGCUCUGUGGGGAGCAAAACUGCAGCUGAUUAAUGCCAGCUGGGACUGGGAGGAUUUGGAGUGUGCUGGAUGUCAAUAGGAACCAGCUGAAUGUUGGCCCAGCUGAGCCCAGUUACCAGUUCAGAUAUGUCCCUUAGCAGCCAUUCAGAGCUGUGACAAGUUCCCAUGGGCCAGCAGUCCAGCUGGGAAUUUCCAGUUCUCAAAAAUGUUACUCCUGGCUGUGUUUUUGUUCCUUUCUCGCUGUUUUUGAGAGUCAAAGCAAUCCAUUUUUUUUCUUUUUCUCCUCGGCUGGGAGUCCUGUUACAUUUUUUCUUUGCCAUCACCAACAAUCAUCCUCGUAACACAGCAGCAGCAAAUUUCAGCUCUGGGUGAUGAAUCUCAGGAAAGUUGGACAGGAGUGUUUGGCAUCACCAAGAGCAGAACUCAGCAGCCAGAGGAAAGCCCAACACUCAGCCCAGGGAUCAGCCAGCCCAGCUGAGUUAGAGUUCUGCCUGCUGCCUUUCUGCCCUGCUCAGGGAUUUGUACCACAGAGACCUUUAAAGCUUUUGACAUUCCCCUCAAUAUGUGAUGAGGCAGCUUUAUUUUGGAGAUUGCUGUUACUCCAACUGGAAGCACGUGCAGGGGAAGGGAGCAGGGGCUCAGCCUCAGAAAUUUCUGCUUUUUUAAACCAAAUACUUGAGCUUUUCGACACUAGCCAUGACCUUGCACUCCACCAAUGCUUUCCUCUGGAAAUGUGAAUAAAAUUAAUAUACAUUCA